AUGAAUAAAAUUGAAGUACAUGGAAUACCAAUAUGUUUAAUAUUUUUUCUUAUAUCAAUAAUAUAUUUUUUUUGUGUUAUUACAAUAUAUUUAUUUUUAUCAAGAUUUGCACCAGAAAAGUUACGUCAACAAAAUAAUAGAGGUUUAAUUGGGGAGGAAGAAUAUCAAUAUUAUUGUGAUUGUUCCUGUCUUUCAACAUUAUGUCCUUGUGAAACAAUUUCACUAAGAUCAUUUUUAAGGAAAACAUGUUGUUGUGUUAAAGCUGAUUCACUAAGAGAAGUAUUUCAUUGUGAAUGUUUUAGACCAAUAAUACAAGGAACACCUGCAUAUAAGGUGGAUUUUAUUUGUUGUACUGUUUAG